CAGUCGCACGAUGAAGAAAAAAAGGGUCUUAGUUGUGCUGAGCAUAAUGCUGAGUUUCAUCGGGCCGACACUUCAAGAUGAGGAAAAAGUUGCAACUCCAGCAAAAUCAGAUAAUCCAGCUCCCGCUGCACCACCAGCACCACCAGUACCACCAGUACCACCAGUACCACCAGCACCACCAGUACCAUCUGCAAAAGCCGAAGAAUCUUCUAAAAUCAGUAAACAAGAAUCUUCAAAUUCAUUCAAGUGCAAGUCCACCGAAAUUCUAUCCGAGAAUGGCUGCGUGGAUCGCGAGUACUUUCUGAACCGGAUCAUAAUGCGAUCCUGGAAGGACGUUGGAUUCGGAGAGGCAAAGGAGAAAGCAGGUUUGGUGGACCAAAUGCACUGCAAUGAUGAUGAGGUCAGGACUCCCUUUGGCUGUUCAAAUCCACUAUAUCCUCCGCACAGGGAAUCAAAUCGGGUGAAAGUGCACCACAGCAGACUAAAUCACAAUAAAGUGCGGCACGACAGUAUCCAUUUUAAAGUGAGUCACCAGGGGGAUGAAGAACAAAAACCUAUUAAGAAAGCUAGAAAUCUGGGACCUCCAAUCACUGGUGCCGAUCGGCCACGGAGCUACGUAUUUUUGCCAGGAAGAGCUCUUAGAACCAGACGCAAUUGCCGACCAAAUGAGGUCCUUGGAAGAAGGAGUCGCUGCAUCAAAAAGCGAACCCAUAAACGCUUAGUAAAUAAUAAUAAUGAGAGGCAAAUGUAGUGCGGACUACGGUAUCUUACUAAAAAUACUUGAUCAUAGAAUACAUUAAUUGGUUUAUAUCCAGAACGACGUGAAA